CCGGCCGCGCGUGGGCUUGCCGCGUGGCGCGCGGACUGCCUACCACUUUUCGAUUUGAAUCUAGUGGGUUUUGGUUUCCUGUUGCUUCUCGGAGCCAUUAGUCUUGUUUCUGCGCAUUGGGCCCGCGCCGGGGGCGGAUGUUGGGGCGCGGAGCGUGGGGUCCCGGCUCUGUGUUCCCCUUGGCCAGCCCUCGCGGCCGGGGCCGGCAAGGCGCCGUGGGAAGCGGGGUCCGGGCCGACCGGCCUCCUUGGCCUUCAGGAAGGUUCGCGCGGGCUGGCGCGUGGAGCGGCUCCGGUCCCCGACCCCCGCGGACUUCCCCUCCCCGGGCGGGAUCGCCGGCCGCCAGCCCGGCUCACAGCCUUUCUUUGGGGGGGGGGUGCGGAUCCCGGAUUACAGACUUUUUGGGGGAGUGCGGAAGACUCGCCUUGGUGGAACCGAGUUUCGCUUUGCUCCGCGGAGUUCAAGUUUGGCGAUCUUGGGGGGGGUGGAGAGAGACGUGGGAGGGAGCGCGGUUCCUGGCCCGAUUCCCAUCCCGAGGGUCUCCGGGCAAUCUGGUGAUUAAUUCCUGUCUUCCCAAAAAGUUGGUGGUGAGAAUUUUUCCCCCUUUCAGAAAGUCGAGUCCCUGUCACAGCGCCCUCCCCCCGCCCCCCCCGACGGCUUCACUUGUCCGGCGGGUGAGAGGGAAGGGCGGGGCCUCGUUUAUGGACCGGUUCUCGGGAAGGGGGUCGCAUUCCUUCCCAGCGGGGCUCUCCACCCUCCCAUGGGUGUGGUGGGGCUGCCCCUGGAGAUGGCCCCGCGGGAGCAGGUAUUGGGUGUCCGCAGGGGCGGGGCGGCCAGGACGCAGGAGGCGGCCGGCGCGACAAUGGCCCGCUCUGAUUCCGCGACGGCGCUCUGUUGGCGGGCGGGGCGGCGGGCCACGCAGCUGUCGCAUUUUCCCACGAGCGGGGAGCCGAGUGUGGCGGCCCCGACCCUCCCGCCGCCACCACGUCCCGGCAGCGUGUUUAAACAUCAAGACAGCCUCAGUGGCUGGGUGGGGGCCCUAGCCCCCAGCCCCGUGUGGCUCUCUGAAGAAAACUGGGGAGGUGGGGGUGUAAAGUUGGGAGAGUGGCGCCGGGAGACAUCACUUUUCUCCGCUGCUGCCAGGGGGCAUAUCAGUCACUCCCCAUUUUUGAGCACUACCUGUCCACCUGCCAGCCCACCCCGCCCCCAUUUCUGACUGGAACUUUGAAGUCUUUCGGGGUUCAUUCUGGGGCUUCCCGGUGCCCCCUGCCCCUGCAACCCCAGGACUCUGAGUGAAGGGCCCCUGAGGUGAGGUCUGAUGGCGGCACUUAGUCCGGAGCUGGUGACAGAGGCUAGGUUUCUGUCCUCAGAGAUGGGCCGUUCCAGAAGCCGAGGCUCUGCUGACCCUCUUGUCUCUCCCCCGGCCCCCCCAGGCCUGCGAUGUUCCCAGACUGGUGAGGAGACCUGCUUGAAUGGCGGGAAGUGUGAAGUGUUUGCCAAUGGCACGGAGGCCUGUCUCUGCAGCGGGGCCUUCGUGGGUCAGCGGUGCCAGACAUCCAACCCCUGCCUCAGCGCACCCUGCAAGAACGCCGGGACGUGCCGUGUGCUGGAGCACGGCAGUACAGUGGACUACGCCUGCAGCUGCCGGCUGGGCUUCUCCGGCCCGCUCUGUCUGACGCCUCUCGACAACGCCUGCCUCACCAACCCCUGCCGCAACGGCGGCACCUGUGACCUGCUCACGCUCAAUGAGUAUAAGUGCCGCUGCCCCCCGGGCUGGUCAGGGAAGACAUGCCAACAGGCCGACCCCUGCGCCUCCAACCCCUGUGCCAAUGGCGGCCAGUGUCUGCCCUUCGAGGCCUCAUACAUCUGCCGCUGCCCGCCUGGCUUCCAUGGCCCCACCUGCCGGCAGGACGUGAAUGAGUGUAGCCAGACCCCCAGGCCUUGCCGCAACGGGGGCACCUGCCACAAUGAAGUCGGCUCCUACCACUGCACCUGCCGCCCCACCCACACCGGCCCCCACUGCGAGCUGCCCUACCAGCCUUGUAGCCCCUCUCCCUGCCAGAACGGAGGCACCUGCCGCCCCACUGGAGACACCACCCACGAGUGCGCCUGCCUGCCAGGUUUCACCGGGCAGAAUUGUGAGGAGAACGUGGACGACUGCCCAGGGAACAGCUGCAAGAACGGGGGUACCUGUGUGGAUGGUGUCAACACCUACAACUGCCGCUGCCCACCUGAGUGGACAGGCCAGUACUGUACGGAGGAUGUGGAUGAGUGCCAGCUGAUGCCCAACGCCUGCCAGAACGGCGGCACCUGCCACAACACCCAUGGCGGCUACAACUGCGUGUGUGUCAAUGGCUGGACCGGCGAGGACUGCAGUGAGAACAUCGACGACUGUGCCAAUGCCGCCUGCUUCCACGGCGCCACCUGCCAUGACCGUGUGGCCUCCUUCUACUGCGAGUGCCCCCAUGGCCGCACAGGUCUUCUCUGCCACCUGAACGAUGCCUGCAUCAGCAACCCCUGCAACGAGGGUUCCAACUGUGACACCAACCCUGUCAAUGGCAAAGCCAUCUGCACCUGCCCCUCAGGGUACACGGGGCCCGCCUGCAGCCAGGAUGUGGACGAGUGCUCUCUGGGCGCCAACCCCUGUGAGCACGCAGGCAGGUGCAUCAACACCCAGGGCUCCUUCGAGUGCCAGUGUCUGCAGGGCUACACAGGCCCACGCUGCGAGAUCGAUGUCAAUGAGUGUGUCUCCAGCCCCUGUCAGAAUGAUGCCACCUGCCUGGACCAAAUCGGGGAGUUCCAGUGUAUCUGCAUGCCUGGCUACGAGGGCGUCUACUGUGAGCUCAACACGGACGAGUGCGCCAGCAGCCCUUGCCUGCACAAUGGCCGCUGCCUAGACAAGAUCAAUGAGUUCCACUGCGAGUGCCCCACUGGCUACACAGGCAGCCACUGCGAGGUGGACAUCGAUGAGUGUGACCCAGACCCCUGCCACUACGGCUCCUGCAAGGAUGGCAUUGCCACCUUCACCUGCGUCUGCCGGCCUGGCUAUACGGGCCACCGCUGCGAGACCAACAUCAACGAGUGCCAUAGCCAGCCCUGCCGCCAUGGGGGCACCUGCCAGGACCGCGACAAUGCCUACUUGUGCCUCUGCCUCAAGGGGACCUCAGGGCCCAACUGUGAGGUCAAUCUAGACGACUGUGCCAGCAACCCCUGCGACUCGGGCACCUGCCUGGACAAGAUCGACGGCUACGAGUGUGCGUGCGAGCCUGGCUACACAGGUGAGCCUUCAGGGAGUAUGUGCAACAUCAACAUCGACGAGUGUGCGGGGAACCCCUGUCACAAUGGGGGCACCUGUGAGGACGGCAUCAAUAGCUUCACUUGCCGCUGCCCCGAGGGCUACCACGACCCCACCUGCCUGUCAGAGGUCAACGAGUGUGGCAGCAACCCCUGCAUCCACGGUGCCUGCCGGGAUGGGCUCAACGGGUACAAGUGUGACUGUGACGCUGGCUGGAGUGGGGCCAACUGUGACAUCAACAACAAUGAGUGCGAGUCCAACCCCUGCGUCAAUGGUGGCACCUGCAAGGACAUGACCAGCGGCUAUGUGUGCACAUGCCGGGAGGGCUUCAGCGGCCCCAACUGCCAGACCAACAUCAACGAGUGCGCAUCCAACCCGUGUCUGAACCAGGGCACAUGCAUCGAUGACGUGGCCGGCUACACGUGCAACUGCCUGCUGCCCUACACGGGAGCCACGUGUGAGGUGGUGCUGGCCCCGUGUGCCCCCAGCCCCUGCAGGAAUGGUGGCGAGUGCAGAGAGUCUGAGGACUACGAGAGCUUCUCCUGCGUCUGUCCCACAGGCUGGCAAGGGCAGACGUGUGAGAUCGACAUCAAUGAGUGUGUGAAGAGCCCGUGCCGGCACAGCGCCUCCUGCCAGAACACCAAUGGUGGCUACCGCUGCCACUGCCUGGCAGGCUAUACCGGACGCAACUGUGAGACAGACAUUGACGACUGCCGGCCGAACCCGUGCCACAAUGGUGGCUCCUGCACGGAUGGCAUCAAUGCAGCCUUCUGCGACUGCCUGCCGGGCUUCCAGGGCACCUUCUGUGAGGAGGACAUCAACGAGUGCGCCAGCAACCCCUGCCGCAACGGCGCCAACUGCACGGACUGCGUUGACAGCUAUACGUGCACUUGCCCUGCCGGCUUCAGCGGGAUCCACUGCGAGGAUAACACGCCUGACUGCACCGAGAGCUCCUGCUUCAACGGCGGCACGUGUGUGGAUGGCAUCAGCUCCUUCACCUGCCUAUGUCCACCUGGCUUCACGGGCAGCUACUGCCAGCAUGACAUCAACGAGUGUGACUCACGACCCUGUCUGCACGGCGGAACCUGCCAGGACAGCUAUGGCACCUAUAAGUGCACCUGCCCUCAGGGCUACACUGGCCUCAACUGCCAGAGCCUGGUACACUGGUGCGACUCCUCGCCUUGCAAGAAUGGCGGCAAGUGCUGGCAGGCCAACACACUGUACCACUGCGACUGCCACAGUGGCUGGACUGGCCUCUACUGCGACGUACCCAGCGUGUCCUGUGAGGUGGCUGCGCGGCAGCAAGAGGUCGACGUCACCCACCUGUGCCAGCACGGGGGGCUGUGCAUGGACACGGGCAACACCCACCACUGCCGCUGCCAGCCCGGCUACACCGGCAGCUACUGUGAGGAUCAGGUGGACGAGUGCUCGCCCAGCCCCUGCCAGAACGGAGCCACCUGCACCGACUACCUGGGUGGCUACUCCUGCGAGUGUGUAGCUGGCUACCACGGGGUGAACUGCUCCGAGGAGAUCAACGAGUGCCUGUCCCGCCCGUGCCAGAAUGGGGGCACCUGCAUCGACCUCACCAACACCUACAAGUGCUCCUGCCCUCGGGGCACACAGGGCGUGCACUGUGAGAUCAACGUGGAUGACUGCAUCCCGGCUGUGGAGCCAGGUACGCGGAGCCCUAAGUGCUUCAACAACGGCACCUGCGUGGACCAGGUGGGCGGCUACAGCUGCAUCUGCCCACCUGGCUUUGUGGGCGAACGCUGCGAGGGUGACGUCAACGAGUGCCUGUCCAACCCCUGUGACACCCGCGGCACCCAGAACUGCGUGCAGCGCGUCAAUGCCUUCCACUGCGAGUGCCGGCCCGGCUACACUGGACGCCGCUGCGAGUCAGUCAUCAAUGGCUGUAAGGGCAAGCCCUGCAAAAACGGAGGCACCUGUGCCGUGGCUUCCAACACCGCCCGUGGCUUCAUCUGCAAAUGCCCUGCGGGCUUUGAGGGCGCCACCUGUGAGAACGACGCGCGCACCUGUGGCAGCCUGCGCUGCCUCAACGGUGGCACCUGCCUGUCAGGCCCACGCAGCCCCACCUGCCUGUGCCUGAGCCCUUUCACCGGCCCUGAGUGCCAGUUCCCGGCCAGCAGCCCCUGCCUAGGCAGCAACCCCUGCUACAACCAGGGCACCUGUGAGCCCACGUCCGAGAGCCCUUUCUACCGCUGCCUGUGCCCCGCCAAGUUCAACGGGCUCUACUGCCACAUCUUGGACUACAGCUUUGGGGGUGGCGCCGGGCGCGACAUCACCCCACCGCAGAUCGAUGAGGCCUGUGAGAUCCCCGAGUGCCAUGCUGACGCCGGCAACAAGGUCUGCAGCGUCACCUGCAACAACCACGCGUGCGGCUGGGACGGUGGGGACUGCUCCCUCAACUUCGACGACCCCUGGAAGAACUGCUCACGUUCGCUGCAGUGCUGGAAGUACUUUAGUGACGGCCGCUGCGAUGCCCAGUGCAACUCCGACAGCUGCCUGUUUGACGGCUUUGACUGCCAGGGCAGCGGGGGCCAGUGCAAUCCGCUGUACGACCAGUACUGCAAAGACCACUUCGGCGACGGGCACUGCGACCAAGGCUGCAACAACGCAGAGUGUGAGUGGGACGGGCUGGACUGCGCGGAGCGCGUGCCCGAGAGGCUGGCGGCUGGCACGCUGGUGGUGGUGGUGCUAAUGCCACCAGAAGAGCUGCGCAACAAUUCCUUCCACUUCCUGCGCGAGCUCAGCCGCCUGCUGCACACCAACGUGGUCUUCAGGCGCGACGCGCGUGGCGAGCACAUGAUCUUCCCGUACUAUGGCCGCGAGGAGGAGCUGCGCAAGCACCCCAUCAAGCGGGCCGCGGAGGGCUGGGCCGCCGCGCCCCACGCCCUGCUGGGCCAGGUGCAGGCCGCACUGCUGCCUGGCAGCAGGGGUGGGCGCCGGCGCAGGGAGCUGGACCCCAUGGACGUCCGCGGGUCCAUCGUGUACCUGGAGAUCGACAACCGGCAGUGCGUUCAGUUGUCCUCCCAGUGCUUCCAAAGUGCCACAGACGUGGCCGCCUUCCUGGGGGCACUCGCCUCGCUGGGCAGCCUCAACAUCCCUUACAAGAUCGAAGCUGUGCAGAGUGAGAGCGUGGAGCCGCCGGCGCCCGCACCGCUGCACUUCAUGUACGUGGCUGCGGCGGCCUUUGUGCUGCUCAUCUUCGUGGGCUGUGGGGUGCUACUCUCCCGAAAGCGUCGGCGGCAGCACGGCCAGCUCUGGUUCCCCGAGGGCUUCAAGGUGUCGGAGGCCAGCAAGAAGAAGCGGCGGGAGCCCCUCGGGGAGGAUUCCGUGGGCCUCAAGCCUCUGAAGAAUGUCUCGGAUGGCGCUCUCAUGGAUGACAACCAGAAUGAGUGGGGGGACGAUGACCUGGACACCAAGCAGUUCCGGUUUGAAGAGCAGGUGGUCCUGCCUGACCUGGACGACCAGACAGACCACAGGCAGUGGACUCAGCAGCACCUGGAUGCUGCCGACCUGCGUGUGUCUUCCAUGGCCCCAACGCCACCCCAAGGCGAGGUCGACGCUGACUGCAUGGACGUCAACGUCCGAGGGCCUGAUGGCUUCACGCCCCUCAUGAUCGCCUCCUGCAGCGGAGGGGGCCUGGAGACGGGAAACAGCGAAGAGGAGGAGGACGCACCGGCUGUCAUCUCAGACUUCAUCUAUCAGGGCGCCAGCCUGCACAACCAGACCGACCGCACUGGUGAGACCGCCCUGCACCUGGCCGCCCGCUACUCACGCUCUGACGCUGCCAAGCGUCUGCUGGAGGCCAGUGCCGACGCCAACAUCCAGGACAACAUGGGGCGGACCCCGCUGCAUGCUGCCGUGUCUGCCGACGCACAGGGUGUCUUCCAGAUCCUGAUCCGGAACCGAGCCACAGACUUGGAUGCCCGUAUGCACGACGGCACCACGCCGCUGAUCCUGGCCGCCCGCCUGGCUGUGGAGGGUAUGCUGGAGGACCUCAUCAACUCACAUGCUGAUGUCAAUGCCGCGGACGACCUGGGCAAGUCGGCCCUGCACUGGGCUGCCGCCGUGAACAACGUGGAUGCCGCGGUCGUACUCCUCAAGAAUGGGGCCAACAAGGACAUGCAGAACAACAAGGAGGAGACGCCCCUGUUCUUGGCCGCCCGCGAGGGCAGCUACGAGACGGCCAAGGUGCUGCUGGACCACUUUGCCAACCGGGACAUCACGGACCACAUGGACCGCCUGCCGCGUGACAUUGCCCAGGAGCGCAUGCACCAUGACAUUGUGCGGCUACUGGAUGAGCACAACCUGGUACGCAGCCCUCCACUGCCCGGUGCCGGCCUGGGCGGUGCGCCCACCCUUUCGCCCCCGCUCUGCUCCCCGAACGGCUACCUGGGCAACCUCAAGCCAGCCAUGCCAGGCAAAAAGGCCCGCAAGCCCAGCACCAAGGGCCUGGCCUGUGGGGGCGGCGGCAGCAAAGAAGCCAAGGACCUCAAGGCGCGGCGGAAGAAGUCCCAGGACGGUAAGGGCUGCCUCCUGGACGGCGCCAGCGUGCUUUCGCCUGUGGACUCCCUCGAGUCGCCCCACGGCUACCUGUCAGACGUGUCCUCCCCGCCCCUGCUGCCAUCCCCGUUCCAGCAGUCCCCAUCCCUGCCUCUCAACCAUCUGCCGGGCAUGCCUGACGCCCACCUGGGCCUCGCGCACCUGAACAUGGCGGCCAAGCCUGAGAUGGCGGCCUUGGGCGGGGGUGGCCGGCUAGCCUUCGAGGCCGGGCCACCUCGUCUCUCCCACCUGCCGGUGGCCUCCAGCACCAGCACCGCUAUGGGCGCUGGGGGGGGCGCUAUGAAUUUCACCGUGGGUGGAGCCGCCAGCCUGAGCGGGCAGUGCGAGUGGCUGUCCCGGCUGCAGAACAGCAGGGUCCCGAGCCAGUACACCCCGCUGCGUGGUGCGGCCGGCACCCUGACCCCACAGGCGCCAGCCCUCCAGCAUGGCGUGAUGGGCCCGUUGCACAGCGGCCUCUCCUCCGGCACCGUGUCCCAGAUGGUAAGCUACCAGGGGCUGCCCAACUCGCGGCUGGCCACCCAGCCACACCUGGUGCCGGCCCAGCAACUGCCGCAGGUCCAGCAGCAGCCGCAGCCUCAGCCGAAUCUGCAGAUGCAGCCGCAGCCGCAGCCGCAAAACUUACAGAUGCAGCAACGCCUGCAGCCGCCACAGCCACAGCCACACCUCAGCGGGAGCUCGGCGGCCAACGGCCACUUGGGCCGGAGCUUCCUGGGCGGCGAGCCGAGCCAGGCAGACGUGCAGCCACUGGGCCCCAGUGGCCUGGCGGUGCACACCAUCCUGCCUCAGGAGGGCCCGGUCCUGCCCACGGUGCUGCCGCCCUCGCUGGCGACGCCCCUGACCACCGCCCAGUUCCUGACACCACCCUCCCAGCACAGCUUCACCUCCUCGCCUGCAGACAACACGCCCAGCCACCAGCUGCAGGUGCCCGAGCACCCGUUCCUCACACCGUCGCCCGAGUCCCCCGACCAGUGGUCCAGCUCCUCACCGCACUCCAACAUCUCUGACUGGUCCGAGGGUAUCUCCAGCCCCCCGACCAGUUUGCCGUCCCAGAUCGCCCACAUUCCAGAGGCGUUCAAGUAAACAGCCGCCUCCCUGGGACCUCGGCUUCCUCUCCCAAGCUCGGCCGGGGCUGUGCGCGUGCAGCCAGACACUGGCCUGCGGAGCCUUUCUAGAAACCCACGUUUUUAUACAAAUCAAGACGACACGAAUUUCAGCCUUUUUUUUUUUUAGUAUUUAUUUAUGUACUUUUGUUUCACAUGGAAACACUGCCUUUUUAUUUAUACGUGCUGUGUUCUAGGCAUCAGGUAGGAACUUUUAUCGGCUCCAAGUAAAUGUAAACAAGUUCUCAGUAUGUUUCUUCCGCUUGGGACAAAGACGCUUUGUGUGUGUUUGUAAAAUAUGAACAAAGAUUCGUGAUUUAUAAAUGCCAUUUAUUUAUUGAUUUCUUUUUUCAAAGUCCAAAAAGAAAUGAUGUGUAGGAGGAAGGGAGGUUUAAACCAGCCUUGUCCAAAAAGCUCCCAAGGUCCCCAGGGCCUGUGCCACAUCCCCAGGCCCCGCCCAGCAGCACCUGCAGCUAGUGACGAACAAGGAGGCCCGCCCUCCCGUACCUGUGGCACGCAGACUCGUGUGCACCCAAAGUAGGCUGCCUGAGGUGGCCCCUAAAGUAAAGUCAGGUAGCUGGCAUGACUCGGUGUUUUUAAGUGAUUUUUUUUAAGAUGUGCUUUUAAGAUGUUUUCUUGGGGUACACCGAGAGUGCAUUUCAGGGUACCAGUCGUGAAUCUUUGUUUCGGGUUCAGUAUCACGUAGUUGUCCACUGGUCUUGCAAGUCCUAGUUUCUUCAGAAGCCCCCGCCUGCCCUGUGUGACGUUUAAACAUCAUAGGGGAGAGGUCAGUGCACAGGUCAGCUGGGAAGUCUGCCUUGGACCCGCGCAGAGGAGCCCCAGCCAUUGCUGGGGAAAGACGCUGCCGGCUGACCCACCGGGCCAUCCCUGCCGGGCAUCCCUGCUGGCCUGCACCUCAUCUCCAGCAGGUUCUCCAGGUGCAGCGGAUGGUGGACUGGCCCGGUCUGGGCCCGGGCUUAGCAGCUGACUUUGAUUGGCUCCUAUUCUUUAUAUGGAGCUUGCCAGAGAGCCCACACCAAGGCCGUAUCCAGCCUGGGGUGCACAGAAGCUGUUGGUUCCGGGGGCACCCGGCGGAGGCGACCCCUGGAGUGGUGUGGAACCUGCUGGCAGAGCUACCCCUCCUGGUUCGGAGGGACGCUCGCCAGGCAGAGCAUAUUCUUGCAAUAUCAAGUAUAAGCCUGUGGCAGAGUAAAUGUCUGUAAAUACAUUUUUAAAGGUGGAUUUUGUUUAAAAAAUCUGAAUGAGGGAGUCUGCCGCGUGUCACGCUGACGAGGGUGUCAACACGUCUCAGCCCCGUGCAGCCCGGGCCCUGUGACUUCAGCUGCUGCACAGUAGCUCCUUAGAGCAAGCACAACAGGAAAGGGGCUUCCAGUGUGGCCCACCUCCUCAGGGCCUCCUCGGCUUGGUGAGGUGAUGUCUAGCCAUUCCCGGUGGGCACGACCAGACUCAUCCCAAGGUGUUGAUUCUUACUAUGUUUUAUAAAAUAGAGUGUAGUUUACAGAAAAAGAAGACUUUAAAAAAGUUAUCUACAUGGAAAACUGUAGGUGAUUGAUGUUUUUUUUUUUUCACCUUCUUUUGUUAACUGAUUUGCAAUAAAAAUGACGCCAGUGGUCAUCCAGAUUUCUUUAAACUUGGCUGUGGCCUGGGCUCAUUUUCCAUGGGAGGGCUGUUCUCUGCUGAGGUGGCCUGACCUGCCCCACGCUGGCCGCCAGAGGGUGCCGAGGCCGGCUGCGCUGUCUCUUCAGAAGUUCUAGAACAAGAGCCUGCAGCCCCCUUGGGCCACCCCCAUGCAGGGAAGUGGGGACCCAGCAGGGGUAGGUGGCAGCUUGUCUCAGAGGGCCUCUCAGAAUCUGGGGCCACACUGUCAUGAUACCGGACUUAGGUCUGGUCCCUCUUACCUUGGAGUGAAGGCCCUGCUGAUCCAUCCCUGGAGCCCUGCUGUGGUGGGGUGGGGAGCAGAGAGGAGCCCCGACCCGACUGAAGGGCACUGGGAGCCUGGAGUGCCAGCGUAGGGGUGGCAGGGGGUGGAGACAGUGCUGUGAAGGAUGCGGAGGUGUAGGGACGCAGAGGCAGUGUGGUGUAGCUGUCUUUACCAGGUGCACCAUGAGCAAGGGCCCUGUCCCUGCCAGCCACCCCCACAUGGGUCACCCUGCCCCUCCCUGUGCCCUGGACACCCACCCGAGGCCUCUGUCUCUACCUGGCCCCACACCUUUGGGGCCUGCAGGCAGGUGGUCUCAGGCUAGAGUGACAAAGGGGGGCCACAUGUCCCCCUCCAUCUGUCCAAGACAAGUGGAAACCAAAGACCCCCUCCCAAGUUUGGGGCUUCCUCCACAGCCGGCCCAGUGCUGGCACAUGGACAGGUAAUACACAAGAGAUUCUAGGAGCAGUGACUGUCCUUGGGAGGAAGUGGCUCGUCUUCAGGGGGAGUGGGCUCAGCCUGAGUGGCCCAAAGAGCCCCUAGCACCCCACUGUCCCACUCCUGUGUGUGUCCCCAAAAGACUGGAAAGCAGGGACUCAGACACAUGUGCCCCAGUGUUCACUGCAGCACUAAUCACAGAAGUCCAGAGUGGGAACACCCAGGUGUCCGUCAGCAGACGAGUGGAUGAACCCCUGGUGGUCCACACGCAACAGGCUGUUACUCACCAAGAGGAAUGGCGUAUGGGCAGGAGCUAGGGAGCAGGUGAAACUCGCUUUAUGCUGAGCGAAAUAAGUAGGCAGGGACCUCCCAUCUAAGGAAAUGUCUGGGCAGGUAUAACCCCAAACAGAAGGUAGAUUAGUGGUGGCCAGGGCCAGGGGACUGCUUACUGGGCACAGGGUCCUCUCUGGGCUGGUGAAAGCACUUUGGAACCAGAUAGGGAGGGAAGUUGUACAAUGUCGUGAACGUGCCAAGCGCCAAUGAAUCGUUCACCUUUAAAUGGUUAAUUUUAUGUUAUAUGAAUUUCCCCUCAAUAAUUCUUUCUUUUUUAAAGAGCUCCUAGCAGUGUUUGAACUUCCAAGAAGUUCUUU